AUGCCUGUGAUCCCAGAACUUGGAAGACAGAUGCAGGAAGACUGGGAGUUCAAGGUAAAUGACCGAAAAGUGUUUGUUGGACGAUUUAAGUCUCGCAAGGAACGAGAAGCAGAACUUGGAGCCAGGGCAAAGGAGUUCACCAAUGUCUACAUCAAGAACUUCGGAGAAGACAUGGAUGACGAGCGCCUUAAGGAUCUCUUUGGCAAGUUUGGGCCUGCCUUAAGUGUGAAAGUAAUGACUGAUGAGAGUGGAAAAUCCAAAGGGUUUGGAUUUGUAAGCUUUGAGAGGCACGAAGAUGCACAGAAAGCUGUGGAUGAGAUGAAUGGAAAGGAACUCAAUGGAAAACAGAUUUAUGUUGGUCGGGCACAGAAAAAGGUGGAACGGCAGACAGAACUUAAGCGCAAAUUUGAACAGAUGAAGCAAGACAGGAUCACCAGAUACCAGGGUGUUAACCUUUAUGUGAAAAAUCUUGAUGAUGGUAUUGAUGAUGAACGUCUCCGGAAAGAGUUUUCUCCAUUUGGUACAAUCACCAGUGCAAAGGUUAUGAUGGAGGGUGGUCGCAGCAAAGGCUUUGGUUUUGUAUGUUUUUCAUCUCCUGAAGAAGCCACAAAAGCAGUUACAGAAAUGAAUGGCAGAAUUGUGGCCACGAAGCCACUGUAUGUAGCUUUAGCUCAGCGCAAAGAAGAGCGCCAGGCUCACCUCACUAACCAGUAUAUGCAGAGAAUGGCAAGUGUGCGAGCUGUGGUGAGUCCACCUGGUUAA